AGACCAAUGGACAUGACAAAGUCAAAUGUGAUGUCAGGUUUCAUUUUCCCAUGAAGUCUUGGCCGGUGUUCCCUUCAUUCAUCUUGCGUUUGGUUUGACAAGCUUCACUUUCAUCAGAAGUGAGAAAGAUACAAGCAAAAGAAACGAGUUUCCUUUUGCUUGUCUCUGAAGUUGCUAAAAUUUAACGUGGCAGAUGAUUUGAAGUCAUAAAGUUGCGAUUUAAGGUCCUCCGCAGACCCAAGCCCAGAAUGGAUGAUCGCUUGAUUAAGGCCUCUCAAGUGGGUGAUAUAGAUGCCUUGUAUGAACUAAUUUGGGAAGAUGAUAAUGUUUUGAAGCGGAUUGACGAGAAAAUGUUUGUAGAUUCUCCUCUACAUAUAGCAGCUUCGUUUGGACAAACUCGUUUUGCAAUGGAGAUGAUGAACUUGAUACCUUCCUUUAGCAAAAAAUUGAACAAGUCUGGGUUUAGCCCCAUGCACCUUGCCCUCAUCAAUGGGCAUUUCGAGUUGGUGUCUUUAUUUCUACACGCUGAUGCUGGUCUAGUUCGUGUCAAAGGAAGAGGGGGCUUGACCCCUUUACAUUAUGCUAUCAAGAAUGGGAACCUCAAUUUCGUGGCUAAAUUCCUAUUAGCUUGCCCAGAGUCUAUUGAAGAUGUGACGGUUCGAGGUGAGACUGUUUUGCACAUUGCCAUUAAAUCAGACAUGUUACAAGCUCUUGAAGUUCUGGUAAGAUGGUUUCAGAGAAUUUGCCACAAAGAUGCCUUAGAUUGGUUGGAAUUCAUUCCAAAUUGGAAGGACGAGGAAGGAAACACUGCAUUGGACAUUGCAGUAUCCAAUAGUCAAAUUCAGGCCAUUAAGUUGUUAGCUGAAAUAAAUGCAAAGAAUUGUAAAGGUGCAAAGGCUUCACAGAUCCUGCAACUGCAAAACCAAUCGCAUAGAAGAGUAGUUCUUCAAAUGCUAAGGCGCCGCACUGCAGUUGUAACAGCUUCAUCAAUUGAAAGAACUGAAAGGCUUACUGGUUUCUUAAGAUCAAAGACAUGGUUUGGUGUAAGAUUAGCAGUGUAUAUCAAACGCUAUAGAAUGAGAAUCUCAGGCGAUGUAUUCAGCGCUACGCUAGUGGUUGCUGGGCUGAUUCUAGCAGCUACCUUCCAAAUUAUAUACAAUCCUCCUGGUAGUUUUCGUCAGUACAAUAAUGACGCCAUCAACACCAAUGUUACAAAUAAUAGGACUGAUGGAGGACCAUCGCCGGGUGCUGCAGCAGGGACGGCCACCAUGAUUGGAACAUUCCAAACUUUCUUAGUGUACCUGACCCUUUAUUUUGCAGCCACCAUAAUUGGUCUUCUCGUACCAGAUGGCUUGUUUGGGAUCACACUGGCAGCGCUACUACUUUACUUGUCAUGCUAUUCGAUGUCGCUUGCUGGUAUAUCCCCAUAUACAAGAGGAGCUGACUUUACAUGUCUUUCAUUGUGUUUUAUAGCUUUUGCCUUCCUCAUAAUUCAUUCGUUAGGAAAGACAGAACUUCACCGACUCAUCUGCUUUUACAAUGCAAAGAAGUGCCCUCGAGAACCUAUAGCAGCUGAAGUUCAAGGAAAUGAAGCUGCUGCUGCCCCCGGUGAAGAGACAGGUCCAGAAAAAAUUCUGUCAGCUUAAUGUGGUGGCAUUAAACAGAACUUAGCUAGCUUUGAUUACCUGAAAAUUACAGAUAUUCCUCCUUGCCAUUCAUCAUAUUUUGAGACACUUAAUGUUCAGAAGUAAAUAUUGAACUUUCACUUGAUAUCUAGUCUUCUGACUAAGAGCUACAGUCACUGUAUAAUAACAAUUUCCAGUUAUUUCAAUAAGUGGUUGCAUUUCAA